AGAUUUCCAAGUUCCUAAGCAAAGUUAAAAUUCUCUGGAAAACGAACAAAAUUGAAAAUGAGAAAUCUAAAGAGAGAGAAGGGAAGUUGUAGAAUUACAAAAAGAGAAUGCAACCGCCAUUUCUUUCUCUCUCUUUUGCGUGAGCUUCUUCAUGGUUGUUGCUCCUAUUGUACCAGACAUUCAAUUCACACAACUGCCAUUCAACCCUUCAACUUUGAACAUUUUACAAUAUAUUUUAUUAACAAAAAGUAACUGGAAAGGAAUUCGGUUAGCUUUGUUCCCUUGUUUUGCUAUUUUAAAUAGGAGAUGAAGUAGAGGCUUUGGAAACUAACACUGCUGCGGAAUUCAAAGAAACCCCAUUUGCAUAAGGAUGGAUGGUCUGAUAUCAGCAGAAGAAUAUUGACAAAUUCUAAAGACACAAUCAAUAUAGAAAGAAAGAAAGAAUCAUAGAAAAUCAGUACUUAACUUGAGACAACUGCGGCUAUUUUGUUUUGAUUGAAGCUUUGGUUUAGAUGGCGGAUUCGGCAGUGAACCCCAGGAUUGUGGGAGCAAGUGGGGUGGAGGAAACAUCACCCGAUUUGUUGAAGAACACGCCUUAUAACAUUGCCAGAUUGGAGGAUGUGAUAGAGCAUUGUAAGGGUCGUCAGAAGUAUCUUGCACAGACGAGGAGUCCUUCUGAUGGGGUGGAUGUCCGCUGGUACUUUUGCAAGGUUCCUUUGGCUGAAAAUGAGCUGGCUGCCUCAAUACCUCGAACUGAGAUAGUGGGAAAGAGUGACUAUUUUCGUUUUGGGAUGAGGGAUUCUCUUGCAAUAGAGGCAUCUUUCUUGCAGAGAGAAGAAGAGCUACUAUCUAGUUGGUGGAAAGAGUAUGCUGAAUGCAGUGAAGGUCCAAGAGGACAAAGUAGUUCCGGAAAGAAGUUGGACAUGGGAGAGGAUUCAUCUUCUUCAAAGGCUUCUCAAUCAGCCCAACUAUGUGCAGUUGAAGAAGAGAGGGUUGGUGUCCCUGUAAAGGGAGGGCUCUACGAGGUCGACUUAGUUGAGAGACAUUGUUUCCCUGUUUACUGGAAUGGAGAAAAUCGGCGUGUUCUAAGAGGUCAUUGGUUUGCUCGUAAAGGGGGCAUAGACUGGCUUCCACUUCGUGAAGAUGUAGCUGAACAAUUAGAGAUGGCAUAUCGUAGCCAGGUUUGGCACCGUAGAACCUUUCAAGCAUCAGGACUUUUUGCAGCUAGAGUUGAUUUGCAAGGCUCGACCCCAGCACUUCAUGCACUUUUUACCGGAGAAGAUGAUACUUGGGAGGCUUGGCUCAAUGUUGAUGCUUCUGGUUUUUCCAGUGUUAUUAGUUUCAGUGGAAAUGCAGUCAAGUUAAGACGUGGUUUUUCUGCAUCUCACUUCCCCAAACCAACCCAGGAUGAAUUACGUCAAAGAAAGGAGGAAGAAAUGGAUGACUAUUGUUCUCAGGUUCCAGUUCGGCACUUAGUCUUUAUGGUCCAUGGUAUUGGUCAAAGGUUGGAGAAAUCUAAUUUGGUUGAUGAUGUUGGCAACUUUCGCCAUAUCACAGCAAGCCUUGCUGAGCGACACCUGACUUCACACCAACGUGGCACACAAAGAGUCCUUUUCAUCCCAUGUCAGUGGAGAAGAGGCUUGAAGCUCAGUGGUGAAGCUGCAGUUGAGAACAUCACACUAGAUGGUGUGAGGGGUUUGCGUGUUAUGCUGAGUGCUACCGUUCAUGAUGUGUUAUACUACAUGAGUCCCAUAUACUGUCAGAGUAUUAUUGACUCGGUUUCAAACCAGUUAAAUCGGCUGUAUUUAAAGUUCCUUAAACGGAAUCCUGGUUAUGACGGAAAGGUAUCCAUAUAUGGUCAUUCUUUGGGAAGCGUUCUCUCCUAUGACAUCCUCUGCCAUCAAGAGAAUCUCUCUUCCCCAUUUCCAAUGGAGUGGAUAUAUGAGAAACACUCAAAAGAUGUAGAAUGUUCCCCUGAUAUGAAUAACCAGUCUUCUAAGUGCAGUUCUUUGGCCAAGCUAGAGGAAAAGAGCUCCACUAUGAUGAGCAAGGAUGUAGUGGAUUGCCCUGGUGAAGACCUGGGUUCACAGCCAAUUCCAUUGGUGAUUGAGGAUGGACAUGUUGAAGAUAAUUUCUUAGAGUUAGCUGAAAUUAAUGCAGUGUCUGAGGACUCUAUGCAGGAAAGCCUUAAGGAGGAUGUGCAUCAAUUACUUAAUGAUUCUGGGGAAACCCCUCAGCUGGAUAAGGGUGGGUUAGGUGAAGCUACAGAUGUACACUUUGUUGCCUCAGCCGGUCUUUUGGAGAAAGCAACUGAGGAAGAGAGUGAAGAGGCCCCAGAUAAGGAUAAAGCAAUCAAAAUGCUUAGAGAAGAGGUUGAUUCCCUAAAGGCAAAAAUUGCACAAUUGGAAUCACAUAACAGUGAGGAUACUGAUGAAAAUAAGGAGAUGCUUUUGCAAAAACCAACUACAUUGCAGAAGUUUGAUCAAAAGCUGCCACUGAAGCUAGAUGAUGCACCAAAGAGCUAUACCCCUUACAUCAGAUACACAAAGCUUGAAUUCAAAGUUGACACAUUCUUUGCAGUGGGAUCACCUCUGGGAGUCUUCCUUGCCCUACGCAAUGUCCGUAUUGGACUUGGCAAAGGGCAAGAUUAUUGGGACGAGGAAAACAUUAAUGAAGAGAUGCCAUCUUGUCAUCAAAUGUUCAACAUUUUCCACCCAUUUGAUCCUGUAGCAUAUAGAGUAGAACCACUUGUUUGUAAAGAAUACAUCACAAAACGUCCUGUCAUUAUCCCUUACCACAAAGGUGGAAGAAAGCUGCAUAUUGGAUUUCAAGAAUUUACCGAAGAUUUAGCUGCUCGCUCUCAGGCAGUAAUGGAUCAUCUCAGCUCUUUGAGGGCUAAAGUGCUCACAGUUUGCCAAUCGAGAAACACUGACAGUCUAGAAGGACCAGAGAAAGUGGAAGAAAAAGAAGAGAGGUCAUAUGGUACUCUAAUGAUCGAGAGGUUAACCGGAAGUGAAGAAGGGCGGAUAGAUUAUGUGCUUCAAGAUAAAACAUUUGAACAUCCAUAUCUACAAGCCAUUGGAGCGCAUACAAACUAUUGGAGAGAUUAUGAUACUGCACUUUUCAUUUUGAAACAUUUAUAUCAAGAUAUACCUGAAGAUCUCAACUCUCCUGUGGAAUCUAAUGGAGGCAGCUCAAAGGAUCAGAAUGUUUCUACGGGCUUGUCUGAUCAAAGAGAGACCACUGAUGAAGAACUUCCAUUGACAUUCUCUGACAGAAUUAUGGUCAGAAACUUCUCAAGUAAAGCUAAGAAAUUUAUGAAGAAGCCUUGAGUGACAACAGAUUUCCCUUCCUUGCUGUACACCAGAUUUAAAUGCAAGCUGAGCUUAUUAUGAAGUUGUGCACUAAACCUUCAUGAUAUGACAUGUUGCUGCAUUUCGGGCCAUAAUCUUGUGUUUUGGACAGUUGACAUACCACUCUUCUACAUUGGUUUUUGAAAAUUAUUGGAAAGAGGUGUGCCAUGGAGAAUUUAUGAUUAUUGCAUCAGGGAUGUUGGCAUGCUGCAGUAGACACAAAGAUGUUAUUUUUUCUGCAUUCCUCUGUACAUGAAAGGAGAUACGGACAUUUGUGCUGAAUUAAUCCAUCCUAGUGAAUUUAGGUGACUUGGUUCAAAUGUGCAAGUUUUUUCUUAAAGCGCAGAAAGUGUACAUACUACAUAGUAUAUACACUGAAAAUCUUGUUGUUUACUAAUUGUAACAAUAUAAAUUCUUGCUAUGUCUUUAGAAGCACGAAAGGUCAUUGAAUCUUUUAAUUUUGCCAUGGCAAAAUUUGUAGUUAGUUCCUCUACAAUUAAUCCGGAAUGUUAUCAUAUUUAGCUCAUGAUAAGCUGUCAAUUACGUACUUGUCUCUAUCUGUUAUGAAUACUAUAACUUCUCAUGUUAGAGAGAAUGUAGAGGCCAUCACCCUUCUGGCUGUGGUUAUUCUUGAUAGACAAAGUUAGUUAACUUGAAGUAAAAUGCCUAAUAAAAUCACAUUUCGUUUGGGCUAAUGUGCUGGGGAUCUCAGACAGUUGUUAAAAUUGCUGGGAAGCUCUACUUCGACCCUGAAGUAUACAGGUAUGAUUCUGUUGCAAACAAAUAUAUUGAGUUCUAGCCUUGCUGCAAUUUGGUGGGAAUAGUCUGUGGAAGUAAUUAUGUUUUCUAUGCCUUUUCUUAUUUAUUUAUUAUUUUAGCACUGUUAUUGGAUUUGAAAAUGCCAUGUAACUUUCCUUUGCUGGUACUUUUGAAUCUGGCAUAUGCAAUGAGAAGGCUUCAUUAAUAGAUGCAGCAGAAACAUAGAAGAAAGUGAUCUAAAGAUACAACAAAGAGUUUCAGUUUAUUGAUCUAAAGAUACAACAAACAGUUUCAGUUUAUGAUCCUACAAUACAUUCAUUUUGGACGAUUCUCCAGUGUUGAAAUAGUCUGUUUAUACUCCUACUCCUACAAUCAUCUAAGAUGUGCUAUUGAUUCAUAUAAAAAGACUAGCACACAAAGGCCCAAAGCAUGUUUGAUUUCAUCCACAAGUGGCACCACCAUUCUGCACUCUAAUUUAGCUCUGCAUGGCAUCAUAAUAUAGUGAAUAUGACCAAGAAAUUGUUCCAAUCAUUGUUUACCAAAGACAUUCAACCAUCGUUUGAAUACAAAAGAUAGGAGAUAGAUUGAAAAUGUGGUGAAUAUCAUCAAAGAUGAAUUUCACUAAAUUGACUCUAUUUCCAUGUUUAAUGUGGCAGAUGAACCACAUAUCUUCUUUAUCAAGGGAAGAGUAGUUACUACCCCUUGUUGGCAAGGUGUGAGACACAAUGAGGUGCAGAAUCCUAUCAUGGAAGGACAGACGAGUAACACUGUUGAUAGGACUAUCAAUAGUGGGAGGAAAACGAUAGGCUUCAUUGUCUAAUUCUAGCUCAGUUAAGUUCUCCUCAGUGCAAUCUCUUCCAUGUGUAGGCAACCCUAAAACAAUCCCAAGGAAAUAAGGGUCUACAACAAUUUGUUUGCCCAAUACAUAGGUAGUAAACCUAUCACUGUUAGCAAUUUCACUCUCAUCCGCGAAAUCUUGGAAUUUGUUUGUGGCAUUGCUGUAGAACACCCUAACAAGGUUUUUGUAGACCCCUCUGUUCAUGCUAAGAUAAUCAAGCCACCCUAAUUUCCUAAAGGCAUCAAUGUAUGGAAAAUCUAAGGAGGCAAGGAAUUGAAAAUCAAUUACCCUUCCCGGUCAAACUUCUCGAUGAGCAAAAUCUGAUGUGUAGCGUUUUUGAAGCGCGAGGCUGCUGAAAUUACUUCCAAACGUGGAUUCCUCACGUGAAGGAGAAGGGAAACCAGAGGCUUCUGUUCUUUGUUUCUUGGGAGCCAUGGUUGGAGUGUGAAAACCUUGAAAACACUAGGGUUUGAUCAAAAGGAUCGAUCAUAAGUGAGGUUUUGAGGAUAGGGUUUCACCAAAUUUCUGGUUUGGAGGAAGAGUGCAGAAAAUGGAAGAAAUGUUCUGGUUUUAGAGCGAGAAAGUGAGCUUUAGUGAGAGAAAUCAACAAAUUUGAAGAGAAAUUGAAGGAAAAACAAGUGGGUAGUGAUGGUUACGGAGGAGGAUGGAGUUUAGGGUUUGAAAGGAUUUGGGGAUUUCUGAAAAUGUGAAGAAGAAAGGGAGUUUUCGGGUUUCAGGAGAGAAAAUGAACAGGCAUUUUAAAGCUCCAAUUUGGUAUGAUUCUAUUGCAAGCCAAUAUGUGGAGUUGUGCUAGGUUCGUAGCUAGCCUCGCUGCAAUUUGUUGGGAAUAGUUGUGUUUUGAUGAUAGAAUCCAGAUGCAGGUGGCUAACAAGUCUUAACUCAUGUUCAAGAAGUCAUAAUGGCUGUGCAGACCUUCAUGAGGAAGAUGAUAAGGAUAAUAUUCCUUGUAGGAAGCUGUUAUGGCUUGUGUCGGAUGAAAGCAAUGAAGCUAUGGCGGCAAUGGAGGAGAGAAGCGGGAAACACGUGCAUGGUUUUUCCAAAUUCGACCCAAGCAUCGGACAGAGAGUACUGCUACCGUCAGUGGAGCAGAGAAAGGAAAAACCGAGUGACAUGAUGGACAACGAUUGUGGAGAUCGGCUCUGUAGACAGAACAUGAAAAAGAAACCAGUAGGAGAGAAAGGUGCAAUCAAUGAAAAUGGUAAUCUGCAGCAGAAUGUAGGCUUUGGGAAUGAAAUAGAUAGGUUGACAUAGGAGAUGGAAGCCCAGAGUGAAGAAAACUAUGAUGGCCCAAGUAUCAAGACAGGUCUGGAGAAGGGGAACAAGGAAAUGAAGGAGGGCUCGGGUAUUGCAAAUGAAUGUCCGACAGAUGGAGACAGAGAGAAUAAGAACUGUAGCUUUAAGGAAGUGGUAAGUGAAGUGUUUCACAGAAUUGCAACCUUAGAAGGGAUCUCCAAGCCGAGAGAAGCUAGGAGAAUCAAUUACAGGAAUCUUGGGGUGGUUGUUUAUUUGGGUAAUAUGCAGAGUGGGUGCAAGACCAAGAGAAGGAAACAUACCUACAGCCUACAGGUUGUGUUUCUUACUCUUACUAGGAUUUGUUGUACGGGUUGCAGGUAAAAUUUGGAGUGAGUUGUUCAUUUCUUUUGGAGGCUCUGUGUAUAAUGACAGGGUUUUGUCUGCUGGCACUUUUUUUGUAAGCCAGUUCCUUGCUAUAUGAAUCUAAGCUGACUUCUCUUCAGUCUGGAACCUAAAAGGACCAAACCUGUCUUUUUGGGGUACAAGAUUAUGAAUUUUGUUUCUUUUGGGAGACAGUUGAAUUGGGAUUUUAUGUGAGGAAAUAUGUCAGCAUCAUGGAUGAGAAAACUUUGAAAUUCUUGGUAAAUUUUGGUUGUUCUUUCUAUGAAAUUAUCCUUGGGAAUUUUUGUGAUGUUGGAAUUUGACACCUGUUGAGGUGUGAUUGUAACUUGAAUUUUGAUUAUUGCUUUCUGGGUUAUGAUCUUGUCGUUCUUUAUUGAGGGUGGUUUUAUCAUGUGUUUUUGAGGAAUGAAAGGAAAUGUUUGGCAGCUGA